UAGGACAACUUAAGCGAAUCAAAAUGGUGCCUAUAUUUGACUGGGCUGUUUUUUAUUUCAUUAUAACAUUAAGCAUGAUACCAGUGACAGAAGGAGCGUGGAGUCACUCUGAUGUCCAUACAAUACGCGGGACUAUACUCGCUACCGCCACGUAUCAUAAAUUGAUCCGCCCCUCGGAGACAACGAACGUCAACGUUUCACUGAAUCUCCUAACGAUCAAUAAUUUAGAAGUAAAGACACAAACGUUGUCCACUACAGGAUGGUUGACUAUUGAAUGGGUUGAUAACCGGUUGACAUGGAACUCAGGCACGUACCCGGAUGUGACACAUGUGUACUCACUAGAUUCCGAAGUUUGGAAACCAGAACUGUUCAUCGAUAACUCUCUUGCUGAUGUAUCAAUAUUGGUAGACGAUAAUGUUAUGUUUAAAAUAAGUCGUGAUGGUGUGGUGGAGUGGAAACUACCUCGGAUCUUCACUACAUUUUGUAACGUUGACGUCACGUAUUAUCCAUUUGAUACCCAAAACUGUGUCAUAGAAAUUACUAGCUGGGCGUACACUAUCGAUGAGUUGGUCAUGAAUUCUUCUAGGAGCUCUGUAAACAUUGAGGACAUCAAACCACAUGGUGAGUGGAGUAUUCUCUCGUCAUCUGUCGCAGAAAAGGAAUUGCAAGAAACAAAAGUAAAUGGUGACGUGGAAAAGUAUUCACAGUUACACUUCAGCAUAAAAAUGCAACGGAAGUCCAAUUACUACAUAUCCAGUGUGCUGCUUCCAAUUUUAUUGACCUCGUAUUUAAACAAUUUUGUCUUCAUUCUUCCGGUUGAUUCAGGAGAAAAGGUUGGUUUUAUACUUACCGUUCUUUUGGCCUUAGCGGUUCUCCUUACUCUGGUCAGUGACAGUAUACCAUCUACGUCCAUCAACACUAGUGUUUUAUCUGUCUAUCUUGCCGUUACCCUUUGCCUGGGAGUUCUGUGUUGUUUACUGACCGUCCUAGUUAUAAGGAUUCACUUUAAGGACCCAGAUACACCUGUCUCAGCCUGGUGGAAGUCCCUCCACGAUAAACUACUUGUGCCUUUUUCUUGUUGGAACGGUUGUCUUUGUCGGUGUAGGAAAGACAAAAACAAUGUAAAACCGACAGUUCCCAAUAAUGAAGUGGUUGUCGUAAAUUAUGAGGAUGGUAAGGAUGAUACGACUACCGUCGAUGAAUCUGGUACUUCCGGUGAAUUAAAAUGGACGGAAUUGUCUGCUGUCUUAGAUCAUUUUUUCCUGAUUGUAAUGGUUAUAAUUACAACAAUAUCAUCCAUCAUAUUUAUGAUAUCACUGGCAGCUGGAGGCAAAAUCAACACAUAACCGAAUUCAUACCGGUAAUAAUCAUGGCAUCCAUUUUUUAAGUAUAGUUUUGUAGAAAUGACUUUAGUGGGGAAAAUCUUCUUAAGGCUGAUUCCCAGAUUUUAUUUCCUAUAGUACCAUUGUCAUUUUUUCUACAAUGUCAUUUUUCGCAUCUGCGAAGCUUCUUCAAUAUAGUCUUUUUGUUCAAUCUUUGCAGGGUGAAUUUUGAUAAAUGUUUAAAUUGUCAUCUGCAAAAGAGUAACUAGAAUUGAAUAUUAAACUCUGUAACCUUUUCGAAAUUAGUUUAUAAUACGUGUCUUUGUAAAACUUCAAAUAUUUACAGUAUUUUCUUUUGUACCUUGAUCUCAAAUGGAGAAAACUAUUAUAAGUCCUUGGCCGGCUGUU